AUGCGCGGUGUGCCCCCGCUACUCGAACCCUUGGAGGGCCCCUUCACCACGGCCGACAUAUUGGUUGCCGUUAAGGCCACAGUCCACGGUACCUACUACAAUAAGCCUGUGGCGCAGGCAACCAUUCCUCCGGAGCGCGCGGAUGACUUCCUGCAAGACGAGGGCCGCAUGUUCAAUCCCCCCCCCCCCCCUCCCUCAAGCCCCCUUUCCCAGAGGGGCCCAACCCACAAGACAGCCAGCACAGAGGUGCGCCUGUCGCGGGUUGCGUGGAUCGUCCCCACCUUGUGA